AUGAAACAACGUUCCUUCUUCAACAUUGAAACCGCUACUGGAAAAGUUCGAAUCUCUCAAACUUCACUCGUGUUCUCUGCGGAAACAGUUACUGGAAAAGAAUCGCAAGAAGAUUUUGAAAGGAAGAAGAAAACACGAACGAAAACAAGAACAAAGACUGCGAAAGACGGAAAAUCUGUCUGUAAUUUAAACUUUUCCGUCGAAAAUAUUAGAAUAAGGAGAUGUGACGUCCUCCGCUAUCACCGCCGUCGCGGCUCACGUCACACGAGCUCCCUCCGUCGCCCUCAUCGCGUUUGCUCCCUUCGUUGCCAUCGUCGUACGACCUCUCUCCGCCGUGCUCUUGUCUUACGAGCUCCUUCCGCGCCGCUCUCGUCGCUGCUUCUUCUCUCCUCGCCGGAGGUUUGUCAUCAUCUCUUCUCAUCGCCGUUAGUUCAGAUUAUUGCAGCAGGCCCUUUUACAACAACAGACAAUUUAUUUUUUGAGCCCCUUGUAGAAUUUAGUGGCGAGAUACCGAAUUCUUUGGGAGGCCUCAAGAACCUGAAUUAUUUGCGGUUGAAUAAUAACAGCCUUACAGGACCGUGUCCUCAAUCUUUAAGCAACAUAGAAGGUUUAACACUUGUAGACCUCUCCUACAAUAAUCUGAGUGGUUCCUUGCCAAGAAUACCAGCAAGAACAUUAAAUUUAGUGCUUCAAACAAAUCAAGAGCUUGAUCAUGAUGAAAAGCUAAGUUUCCGACAUCAGAUGGGUCCACCUGUGGCCAAUUCUCCACCUGGGAGUCAAGAGACUACAAGUGUGGAUCUGAAGGACCGCAAAAGGCAUUUACACUUUCCAUUUACCCACUUUAGUUCUGUUGAUGGUGUAGAGCUUUAUCAACAUUGUACCCUGAUCCUGAAAAUCUGAAGCAACACUCUCCCCAAAAAGGCAAAAACGUGUUAUCCUACAGCAUUGACCGUUUUAUGCGCUGCAUUUCUUUUGCAGAUACCAUCAAUUGCUUCAAUUCCGGUUCCUAGUUCCAAUUGCUAUACUUUCGAUAAUUCUAGUCGUAUUGUUGAUUUUGUAUCCUUCACUUCUCACAAUCAAGAACAUUUGUUCUUUGAUUGGGCUUUGCAUUUUAUUUGAUUGAACUCAAGGUUUGGUUUUAUUGGUGUUUCGCUGACAACUUGCCAGAUCUAACUUGUCAACUUUUUCUAUUUCUUUCAGCCUAUGAUGCCACCUUAUGCAGCACUUUAUUCACCUGGAGGGGUUUAUACUCAUCCUGCCAUUCCUAUUGGUCUAUGUUCUUACUCUGGGCAUUUUUAUUGAGGAACAAAAAGACAAAGUUUUCUUGUGAGAAAAGUAGUGAUGAAGAAGAAGAAACAGCAGCAGAAAGAGCAAGUGAAGUGAAUUUUGCUGAUGAGAUAAGUGGAAUUAACACAGGACCUCCUUCACCAACUUCAUCUAUUAAUUAUUAGAAGCAAAAAUUGUUCAAAUAAGUUAGAAAAUUGAAUAGGAGUUGCUUGCAAUAUAGGUCUUUUAAUUUACUAGUAUGAGAAAAAUCAUUUAGAGCCCUUUGGAUACUCAUUAACAACUUUUAAUUUACUCAAUAGACUUUGUUGAUGUAUGUUUGUUGAUGUAUCAAUACACUUUGUUUAUAUUUUG